AUGGGGAAUAGCCGCACGCUGAUGAUCGCCAACAUCUCUCCCUCGUCUAGCAGCUACGAGCACACGCUCAACACACUGCGGUACGCGUUCCGCGUGAAGGGCCUCAGCGUGGCCUCCGUUGUGCCGAGCAAGGCGCGCAACGCCCCGCGCCCGUUCCGCCUGUAUGCCGGUGAUGGGGCGCAGAACCAGCAGCAGCAGCAGCAGCAGAAUGAGCAGGCUGUCAAAACACCAUUGAUGGACGUCGCACGGGGAAAAGCGCGAGCGGACUCCGCACUNUGUGCCGAGCAAGGCGCGCAACGCCCCGCGCCCGUUCCGCCUGUAUGCCGGUGA